CCAGAUUUCUGAGUCCCCUGAAUAUGCUUAUUGGUGGUACUGUGGUGGUGCUGGUGUUCAUGGGGUUUGUGUGGGUAUCACACAACAAGGAUAUCCUCCGCAAGCUGAAGAAGCAGUACCCAACUUCAUUUGUAGUGGUCAUCAUGCUAUCUAGCUACUUCUUGAUCUCCUACCUGGGAGAUGUCAUGGUGUUCAUGUUUGGGAUCACUCUUCCUCUCCUCUUGAUGUUUGUCCAUGCUUCUCUGAGGCUCCGGAACAUUAAGAACAAGCUGGAGAACAAGAUGGAAGGAAUAGGCUUGAAGAAGACCCCGAUGGGCAUCAUACUGGAUGCUCUAGAACAGCAGGAGGAUAGUAUCAACAAACUGGCUGACUACAUAUCUAAAGCAAAAGAGUAAGCAGCUGCAACGUGGCAUUUUUACCUGUUGCAGGAGUGUAGUUGCUAUUUACUAUUGUUCAAGCUUGCUUUCAGUUUGUGUACAAAACAGGAAAUGCACGUGGUACAGAUUAAUAAUUGCAGGAUACAGGUAUUCCAAUGUCUUCAGGGCUCCUCUAAGAACAUAGAAGCAGCAGUCUUUUUCUAUUGUAUAGCAAAAUGUUCUGGUGUUUACACAAAUACAUACUAACUUAAAAGCAUUUGCUUGUCUCUUCUUCUGGGGGAUAGAGGAGGAAGAGAUGGAAACCUAUGGAAUGCAGUCUUUCCAACUGUCUUGUAGCAAAUUUGUCUGUUAAAAGUAACACCCCUUCCACCUCAGAUCUACAAGAUGGCAGUUUAGGCAGUUUUUGCUGGGUACCACCUUCAGGCUGGCGAUGCUCAAAGUGAGCUGGAGUGUCAUAAGUAGGUCUUUUGCAUCCUCCAAAUCCCUCACUUGAGUGGUCUGUAUU